AUGAUGCUUGAGACCAUUACAGACCAAGAUCUGCCUGUGAUCAAGUGUGUUUUAAUCAGACAUAAGAACAAUGGCUCAUCAGCUGGAAAGCCGUCGUCAUAUAUGAUGGUGCCAGACUCCCCAGAAGACCUUGGGUGUACACUGAGGAAUCGCAGUGCAGGGGUGGUGUACGAAGCUGCCACUGUGGAGGUGGCCGAGUCUGCGUCCAUCACACUGCAAGUACUGGUCACCACCCCAGGGGACAUUUCUUGCCUCUGGGUCUUUAAGCACAGCUCCCUGGGCUGCCAGCCACACUUUGAUUUACAAAACAGAGGGAUCGUUUCCAUGGUCAUUUUGAACGUGACAGAGAGCCAGGCUGGAGAAUACCUACUGUAUAUACAGAGUGAAGCCUCCAACUACACAGUACUGUUCACAGUGAGUAUACGAAAUACGCAGUUGUACGUGCUGAGAAGACCUUAUUUCAGGAAGAUGGAAAACCAGGAUGCGCUGGUCUGCGAAUCGGAGAGUGUUCCAGAGCCCACUGUGGAGUGGGUGCUCUGCAGUUCCCACGGGGAGAGCUGUAAAGAAGAAAGUCCAGCUGUUGUCAGAAAGGAGGAAAAGGUUCUUAACGAGCUAUUCGGAGCAGACAUCAGGUGCUGUGCGAGAAAUGAACUGGGCCGCGAAUGCACCAGGCUGUUCACCAUAGAUCUAAAUCAAACUCCUCAGACCACGCUGCCCCAGUUAUUCCUGAAAGUGGGGGAACCCUUGUGGAUAAGGUGCAAGGCCAUCCAUGUGAACUAUGGAUUUGGGCUCAGCUGGGAGCUAGAAAACAAAGCCCUCACGGAGGGCAGCUACUUUGAAAUGAGCACCUACUCUGCAAACAGAACCAUGAUCCGGAUUGUGCUGGCUUUCGUGUCCUCUGUGGGAAGGAAUGACACGGGACAUUAUACCUGUUCUUCCUCGAAGCAUCCCAGCCAGUCAGCGCUGGUGACCAUCCUAGAAAAAGGAUUCAUAAAUGCUACCAGCUCACGAGAGGAGUAUGAAAUUGACCCAUAUGAAAAGUUCUGCUUUUCAGUCAGGUUUACAGCCUACCCACGGAUCCGAUGUACGUGGAUCUUCUCUCAAACGUCAUUUCCUUGUGAACAAAGCGGUCUGGAGGAUGGAUACAGCAUAUCUAAAUUUUGCGAUCACAAGAACAAGCCAGGAGAGUACAUUUUUCAUGCAGAAAACGAUGAUGCUCAGUUCACCAAAAUGUUCACGCUGAAUAUAAGAAAGAAGCCUCAAGUGCUGGCGAAGGCCACAGCCAGCCAGGCAUCCUGCUCCUCUGAUGGAUACCCGUUACCCUCUUGGACCUGGAAGAUGUGUUCGGACAAGUCUCUCAACUGCACCGAGGAAAUCCCAGAAGGAGUUUGGAAUAAAAAGGCUAACAGAAAAGUGUUUGGACAGUGGGUGUCGAGCAGUACCCUAAAUAUGAGUCAGGCUGGAAAAGGGUUUCUGGUCAAAUGCUGUGCGUACAAUUCCAUGGGCACGUCUUGUGAGACCAUCCUUUUAAGCUCACCAGGCCCCUUUCCUUUUAUCCAAGACAACAUCUCCUUCUACGCGACGAUUGGCCUUUGCCUUCCCUUCAUCGUCGUCUUAACUGUGCUGAUCUGUCACAAGUAUAAAAAGCAACUUAGGUAUGAAAGCCAGCUGCAGAUGGUCCAGGUGACCGGGCCCCUGGAUAACGAGUACUUCUACAUUGACUUCAGGGACUACGAGUAUGACCUCAAGUGGGAGUUUCCAAGAGAAAACUUAGAGUUUGGGGAAGUCCUGGGGUCCGGUGCUUUCGGGAGAGUAAUGAAUGCGACAGCCUAUGGGAUUAGUAAAACGGGAGUCUCGAUCCAGGUGGCCGUGAAAAUGUUGAAAGAAAAAGCGGAUAGCUGUGAGAAGGAGGCGCUCAUGUCGGAGCUCAAAAUGAUGACUCAGCUGGGUCACCAUGACAACAUCGUGAAUCUGCUGGGGGCGUGCACGCUGUCAGGGCCAGUGUACUUGAUUUUUGAGUACUGUUGCUAUGGCGACCUCCUCAACUAUCUGAGAAGUAAAAGAGAAAAGUUUCACAGGACAUGGACAGAGAUCUUUAAGGAGCAUAAUUUCAGUUUUUACCCCACUUUCCAGUCACAUUCAAAUUCCAGUAUGCCUGGUUCACGAGAAGUUCAGAUACAUCCGGCCUUGGAUGUCUCAGGGUUCAACGGGAAUUCACUUCAUUCUGAAGAUGAGAUUGCAUAUGAGAACCAGAAGAGGCUGGAAGAAGAAGAAGAUUUGAAUGUGCUGACGUUUGAAGACCUUCUUUGCUUUGCGUAUCAAGUGGCCAAAGGCAUGGAAUUCCUGGAGUUCAAGUCGUGUGUCCACAGAGACCUGGCGGCCAGGAACGUGCUGGUCACCCACGGGAAGGUGGUUAAGAUCUGCGACUUCGGACUGGCCCGAGACAUCCUGAGCGACUCCAGCUACGUCGUCAGGGGCAAUGCACGGUUACCUGUGAAGUGGAUGGCGCCUGAGAGCUUAUUUGAAGGUAUCUACACAAUCAAGAGUGAUGUCUGGUCCUUCGGAAUCCUUCUCUGGGAGAUCUUCUCCCUGGGUGUGAACCCUUACCCUGGCAUUCCUGUGGAUGCUAACUUCUAUAAACUGAUUCAGAGUGGAUUUAAAAUGGACCAGCCAUUCUACGCUACGGAAGAGAUGUACUUUGUAAUGCAGUCCUGCUGGGCUUUUGACUCAAGAAAGCGGCCAUCCUUCCCUAACCUGACUUCGUUUUUAGGAUGUCAGCUGGCCGAAGCUGAGGAAGCGAUGUAUCAGAAACAGGCGGUCUGUCAGCAGAGAGGCAGGCUCAGAGCCGCCGUCACCACAGGCCCAGGCGAAGAUUCAUAG